UGCAAACAAGUGUAUCCAUGACACAUUGGGCUCGUGGCAUGGACUCAUUUCUCCGCACAAAAGGUGUUAAAAAUGAUAAUUGGUUUCGAACCGAGGACAAGAAGAAAGCUAAUAGUUUGCCGUUAGUCGCGCUUGGCUCGUCUCACAGUCCACAACCUUGACUCUUUGUGCUUUUAAAAAUGUCCUUCGUGAAACUGUGUCACAUUACGCUACUGGUCGUACUUUUCGCCGGCUCAGGAUCGGCGUAUACUAGAAGCUUCGAUUGCGGCUCGUACGGAUUCGUUUGUGAGGGCAAAUCUAAGUUAAGACUAUGUGAAGGUGACAGUUUACUGGGCCCUGCUUUCCUUUGCCCCGCAGGCACUAUUUGCAAUGAAGACUCCAGCGACGUAUGCGAGAGUGUUAACAACUAUAUGGACCCUGCGUUGAGGACCGUCCGGUGCCGACGCAAUGAAAGGAUUGCCGAUCCAACCGUGCCUGGCUGUAAAGGGUACAUCCUCUGCAUUCCCAAUAAAAACCGCUUCCAAGGAAUAAAAUUCAAAUGUACCGGAGACACCGUUUUCAACGGCUUCACUCGCACAUGCUCCUCCCCUGACAGAUAUAAAUGCCCUUUAGGAAAUGUAACCAAAAAUCCGACAGACUUGUUCGUUGACAACUUAAGAGUAUCACAUUUGGAGAAAUUUGGAUUUGACAUCUCACCGCCGCCGAACACUAAAACUGCAAGACCAAUCGACUGUAAGAACUACAAAUUGACAGUGACACAAGAAAGGAACCCCACUCGAGCCGCGUAUUUCUGUCCCCCGCGACCUCUCAGUAACGGAAUACCCGUCAAAUGUACCGUGUUCUCUAACCAUUUCUGCAUUAUACUAGAGAGGGAUGAUGAAGACCAAUUUCUACAAAGCUCAGGAUCAGCUUUCCGAAGACCACGUAAUUAUUACCCUUGAAUGGAAUCAUGUUUGUUUAUAAGAAGACUGAAAUAGAAAAUCUGUACCUCGUAAUUAUAUUUGUAAGAAAUGAAAAAGCGAUGGAAAUGUAAACAACUUUAUUUUAUAACUAAUUAGUUAUUCAUUUGUACUUAAAAAUAACUUAUUAACU